AAUGUUUUUCAUUAUGGUGGCAAAGAAAAGUAUAGUUACUGUGUUAUAUUUAAUCUAUAGUGUAAUUUAUAGUUUCACAAUAUAAGCUACGAAAAAUAAGCUUCAGUGGAAAUAGUAUCUAUAAAAAAGGCUGAACAUGAUAGUAUUAAUGAAUUUUCUGUAAGCAAUACAUAAACUAUUCAUAUAGUACUGUAAAGUUUCUUAGUUUUUUCAAAGUGAUACAUCUACGACGAACAAAAUUUUUCAAGACGAUACAUCAAACGCACUAGAUUCGCUUUUUUAUUGCUAUCCUUUUCUGGCAAAAUGGCAUUAUUAUUAUUGCGUCACAUUAUAAAUCAGUAUUAUUGGGUAAGUCUCAAGAAAGCACGCACGUUUUUGGAGUUUAAAUUUAAUGAAUAAUCAUGGAUAACGGAGAAUAUGACACGCCAGUUGUUGAAGUUGUUAGGGGAAGAAAGUCUAGACGGCAACGCAACAGUCCGAAGACCUCUAAAUACACACAAGAAGGAAAAGACGGUCCAGAUUUAAACUGUGAUCAUCAUCUAGAUAUAACAAUAACAGGCUUUAAGAAAAGGUCAUUGUGCCAGGCAUUGAAACUUAGUUUCAAUGAUCUGAAAGAAUUUAGACGGAAACUAUACUUGAAUAGUACAAAAAUCGACCAAGAUAAAUUUUUGUUGAAGUACAUGCGCAUUUCUAUCCCCAAAAGACGAUCAAAAGUGACCAAGUCUGUAAACUACCGCAAAAUGUCAAUCGCUUAUUUUGUUCCUAUGGAGAAUGGAGCAGAAGUUCAGGUUUGUUCGAAAACUUUUCAAAAAAUAACAGGCACACAACGAAUGCGUCUCCUUCGAGUAGCUAAUGCAUUUCUGGCCACGGGUUCGCAACCAAAAGAGCGCCGAGGUGGUAAGAGCGCUAAACAGCUAGAAGCUAUAGCUGAGAUGACAGAUCUGAUAAAAAAUGACAUCAUGAAGUAUAAAUGUAGAGAAAGUCAUUAUUCUAGGAGCAAGUGUUCAAGAUCUUACUUACCUCCUGAACUGAAUUUAAAAAUAAUGUACGAGAAAUUCAUAGAAAACCAAAAGUCUAUUUCUGAAAAAACGUGCUCUUUGUCUAAAUACAAGUCAGUAUUUUACAAAAACUUUAAUUUAGGUUUCGGAAACCCUCAUGAAGAUACUUGUUCAGCUUGCAAGGAGUUUUUAAUUAAAAUAAAAAAUGAAAAGGAUUUAGAGAAGAAGAACAACAUUCGGACUGAAUAUCGCUUGCACAAGUUAAGGGCUAAAAAGUUCUUUAGUUUACUGAAUGAUACUGAAGAUGAUAAAGUUAUUAAAAUAUGUUUCGAUUGCCAGCAAAAUCAACCUUUACCAAAAUUAAGUGUUGGAGAGGUAUUUUACUCUCGUCAAGCUUGGCUAUAUAAUUUUUGUGUAAUGCAACAUAAACCUAAAACUAAACAAACCAAGAAUGGUAUAGAGUUUUAUGUUUGGUUAGAAAAUCAGAGCGGCCGAGGAGCUAAUGAGAUAGCUUCAGCACUUCAACAUUAUUUGAGAAACUUGGAAGAAAUAUGCCUAAGAGAAAAUAAAAAAGAUUUGAAGCUUGAACUGUAUUCAGAUUCUUGCAGCAGUCAGAAUAAAAACUUUAUUAUGUUAACUAUGUUAGCCAAUUUCAUGGCUUCUAGCAAGGUUUUUAAUAAACUGAGCCACAUUUUUCCUAUUCCAGGCCAUAGUUUUAUGCCUCCUGAUAGGGUAUUCGGAAGGGUGGAAAAAGACUACCGUCGACGUGAAGUGAUUGUCUCGCCAAAAGAGUACUAUUCAAUUUUAGGAAAACAUGGACAAGUCAACGAAUGGGGUAAAGAUUGGUAUACUUAUAACAUGAAAGCCACGGCAAAACGAAUGAUAAAGACAAAGCUACCAUUUAAGAUAUCCCAAACACGGAUAAUUCACUUUACUAAAGUCGGAUCACGAGUUUCAAAAAAUAUUGAAGUUGGUGUUCAAGAUGCAUAUUCUGCUGCGCCAGUGACCACUGAAAUAAAAAAGAAAAGAGUUAAAUCUUUUUCGAGAUUCGAUUGUGACCAAUUACCUAAAACUAAUAUGAUCUCAUUAAAGAAGAAAGCAGACGUCGAAAAUCUACUUAAAUUUUGUGACAUUUCUGAUGACCUUGAUGCUCGGGAAUUUUAUGACGAUGUGCUUCAGAGUUCUGGUCCUGACGAUGACAAUAUUAGACGUAACUACGACGACGAAGAACCUGUAUUAUAACAUGGUUUGGAAUCUAAACUAUUUGUAUGGAGUUUUUAUCAAACCGAGACAUCAACAGCAGAUGUAUCAAUUUUGAAAAAACUCGUAGUUUUGUGAUCUCAUUAUUUCUGUUAAUUAUAGUUGAUUGUAUUUUAUUAUGUAAGUUAAUAAUAACUAAGUAAAAUACUUAC